CAAAAAGUCAAAAGUAGUGGCGAGGAAAUCUAAAAGCGAAGAAGUGGUGGAACAUCAUCAUCGCAGUCCGUCGUCGUGUGUGCGCUUUUGUAAUAUAACCAACAUACUUUUUUUUUCCUUAUUUUAUCGAGUGUCGCAUAAGAGUGAUUCGCUAUUCCCGGUGGUGUCGCGGAACAACAGACGGAUAACGGUGCGCGGAAUAGGUCGGCCGCGGUCGCUGGAUACACUUCCGGCGCUGGUGCUGGUUUCCGAUGCGGCGGAUAGACCCGUUUUACGGCACGGCAAUCGCGGCGAAUCCCGGGGAAAAAUCGUGUGUCUAAAAUGGACGCAACGUCGUAGUAGCAAAGCAGGGAGAGGUUUUUUUUCCUCCUUUCGUGCCCAACCAGAGCGAAGGAGACGGGAGCAUUCGCUGGAUGAUCCGUUUGCCGUCGGCGCGAGUGAGAAGAACCAAGAGGUGUCAAAGUGCGGUUUCGUGUGUGCAUGUUAAGCAAAGCGAGUGAGUGAGUGAAUGAAAAGAGGACAACGGGCAACAUCAUCAUCGGUAACAAGCAGAUAGCGAGAAGAAGAAAAGAAAGAAGGAAAAGGAGAUAAGAAGCGUAGAAAAAGCACGAAGCAAAAAUGCAGUGAGAAGUCAGUGAAUCAAAGAAAGAAAAAAAGGCGAAAAACGAGUGCACAGAAGAGUGAAAGAAGCAAGAAGAAUGGCUAUAAAUUUGAUAGAUAAGAAAUCUUUUUGUUUUGUGUAAUUUUCAUAAAAAACCGUACACGUAUUUCCUUUACGCCGCGAAGGUCUGCUUCGAACGUCGGGAAAAAAGGAUAGCUGCCGAUCGAGCAAAAGUAAAGGGGUGUUUUGGAGUGCGAGCUAGAGUUGGGCAGAAACAGACGAAUCUGUCAGGAUUGGGCAUCGAAAAGUGAAAACGAGAUUAUUAUGGAAAAGGCGAAAGCCUACAUCAAGAACGAAUUACGUGGGGGCUCCCUGGCGUCGCAUCCGGAGCCCCCGCCAGCCAGUCAGCAACAGCAUAACACAACCCAACAGUCUCAAUACCAGCAGCAACUGCUACAACUGCAGCACCAACAGCCACAACACCAGCAACAACAUCCAACUGCCAGUGCCGUCGAUCCUUCCACCAUUUGCUACGUAUGUGGUGCCCGUGGUGCCCUGGACCAAUUCUACCUCCGAGUGCGACCGAAUUCGGAGCGUCCAAACGAACCCUACUUCCCGCUGCUGGAAUCGUACAUCCCACCACAGGGCGUGCCUCAGUGGACACCCGCCCAGGUAGGGGUGCGCGCGUGUAAUCUCUGCUUCACCACCUUCACCCGUCAGUGGGAUUAUCACGAGCGGGAAGGGAAACCCGUCUCCCAGCGGAUGUAUUGGCUCAAGCGAACCGAUGGUGAGAAUUUCAUCGGCGCAGAAAUGACGACCCAGGGCGAAUACGCCACCCAGAUGCUUGGUCUCAACGCGGAACAAGUGCCCGGCAGCGGUCGAUCGCUUACUCCCCAGUCGCAACAUAUGAGUUCUUAUGGUAGAAUCGAAAGUCCGAAUAGUUUAGCACGGCCCCGAUCGCAAGACCAUACCGGGUCAGCGGGCGGUGCGCUCCCCCAACACUAUCAAGUAGCUAGGAACGAAAGUCCAAUCCGGUCCAGUUCGCGGAAUGAAUCUCCGCAGGGCAAAGCGGAGGUGGUUUACCAUCCAACCAAACGGUACAUCGAAAAUCACAUCAACAACAGCGGCAGUUACAGCCAACAGGGAUCGAGGCCUUCCAGUCGGAAUGAGAAAAGCGUCACCCCGAGACCAAUGUCCCGCGAGAACCCUUCUCCCGUGGCGACACAGACUUCCGCAGCAGCAGCAGGAGGAACAGCUGCUGCGGUUACCCAACCGUCGACGGCUUCACCGGUUCUGGCGGGACGUUUCGAUGGAAUGAAAAUGUCCUCCUUCGCUCACCACAAGCUCAAAAUUGGUACUUAUGCAAACUCGCUGGCAGCAAAUGCCACUGCAACUCCCGCCGCCGCUGCGCCUGCCGCCAAUGUUGAUAACAAAUCGUCGUCGUCCACCUCUUCGUCCUCCCAUCGGCUGGAGGAGGAAAGUGCCCUAGAUCUGCGGAAUUCUGCCCUCGGACCGGUGCCUGGCACCGGGACGGACAUACUGGAUUUGUCUAUGCCCGAUAAGAACUCGAUGACGGAGGUGUGCUACGUGUGUGGUGACGAGCAGCGGCGGGGCAGCCUGGUGGAGAUAGCCACGGUGAAACCGAAGGACGCCAAGGACCAGGAGAAGCCGUUUUUUCCCAUCUUCGACGAAACGCACGCCAGGCCCGCCCGCUCGCGACCGAAGGAUCACAAAGGAAUGGUGCAAGCUUGUAAAACCUGCUAUCAGUAUCUCAUCAACCAGUGGCAGACUUUCAAUGUACGACGUGUGCCGGAGACCCAGCGAAAGUACCAGAUAAGGAAGCGCCAAACCACUCAGGAGCGGGCGGCGACAUUUGUCUGCUACACAUGCGGCUCCGAUACGCCAUCCACGCAGCUGCGGCUCGUCUAUUGCUGCCCGAAUGCGGAACGGGAACCGUACUUUCCGUUCAUCAAAGCGAUGAAGGCACCGGUCAAUGCUAGUCCGAUAAGUCCACAAGGUAUGGUGCAAAUAUGUUCAACGUGCAAUAAGAAGAACGCUCAUCUGGCCGAAGGUGGCACCGUAAGCAACGUCGAGGAAAGGUAUUCAUCUCCUACGAAGAUGACAUCUAGUGUGAUAAACGAGGUUGUUCGAUUUAAGCCUUAUGAAUCUGCCUCUGCCCUCUCUGGACCUAUGCUGGACCAGAAGGACUACCGAAGAGAUUCAAGACCAAAUACACCGCCCCACUCUCAAGUACCAGUGGAAAACGGUCACGGUUAUUCAUGUUACAUUUGUAAGAAUAACUUUCCGCCCCAAUCGAUGGAAUGGCUAUCGACGAGUGCCGAGCAUAUGAAUUCGCAUGCAAUGCAUUUCCCCUGCCUCAAAGGCAACAACGACCAGGGUCCAGGCCGGGUGCUGGCAUGUAAGGCCUGUGUCCACAAUCUAACCGUCCAGUGGGAGACGAUGGACGCCGAGCGGGUUCCGCUGGAGCACCGCAAGUACAUCAUUCCAUCGCCUACGCCCCGCAACUCGAUAUCGCCUAGCGGUACGGUCGGGGGGCAUCACCGUGCGCCGAUUACGCUCACGACGCCGCCGACGACGCCGGCCGGCUCGAACACCGCUAGUACCUCGGUGUACUGCUUCGUCUGUGGCCUACAUUCAGAGUUAAACUUUGCUAGGUUAUUAUACGCCAAUAAAGAGGGCUCUAGACCUUAUUUUCCCUUUCUGUUGAAACACAAGUCACCUCCCAACGCGGAACAGUUACGAAGUGAUAGCUCGGCGUUGGUUUGUACAUUUUGUUAUCACUCGCUGUUGAAUCAAUGGCGGAAAUACGAUGCUCAACACACCAUAGCGCCGAGCGACCGUGAAUACAACUUUCACGACUACAACUGUCAUCUCUGCGGUAUCAGGACGUACCGGAAGCGGGUACGGGCGCUCCCCAUCCGGGAGUACCCGUUCGUAGCGAAUCGGAAAAGUGUCGGACUGCUGCUCGAGAACGGAGACUACGCGGUAGUCUGUCUCGAUUGCUACGAGAGCCUGAGGCAACAGUCGGCGGAGUAUGACCGGUGGAAUGUGGCGAUCGAGAAGCGAGAGUACAACUGGGUAGCGCAACCUCCCCCGCCGGAGGAUAGCCCGGAGGUGUUGGUCGCCCGGCUUCCGAGCGGGGAACGAACUGAUAAAGUAAACAAAAAUUCUCAAGUCGGUCUACGUCCAAUGCCAAAUAAGAAAAAUUGCUCUCCAAAGCAAGUCAGCAAUGAUAAGCGGGAAGCACUACCAACAAAACUGACCCAAAAACGUCCGGUCACGAGCCCGGCACCGCCGAUUCCAUCGCCCCAGCUACCAAUGCACCAUUCGUCUUCCGUGUCGCCACACUCCAAUCACAUCGUGGGCUCCAACCAUAUGCCCCAGUCGGCGGGAUCGGUCCCUCCCGGGGCCAUACCACACAACACCCCGAUCGGGGUUGUACAACCGUCACCAAACGCCACAGCGCAAAGUGCUUCCUCGGCGCCCAACAACGGCAACGGGCGGGGAUCCUUUGCGGCAGCACUUCGUAAUCUAGCAAAGCAAGCGGAUGUGAAAGACGAUGAACCGGGUGGAGGCGGUGGAGGAGGUGGAGGAGGAGGCGGAACGGGUGGAGGUGGUGGUCACGAUCGUUCUGCGUCCGAUAGUCGGGGAAAUCCUGUAAAUUCUAUGGAUCGUCGCCAAAUGGAUGCCCGUGAUAUGAACGAAUCGCGGGGCAACCAAAUGUCAUCAGACAGUCGCGUUAGGAACGCUGACGCUGCACGGGGUGGGGAUCCCAAAAAGCGGAAUUCUCCACAGCCACCGGAGAAGAUGCAACGACUGAAUCCUCCCACUUCGGGUGCGAUGCCUUCUGAACUGUUGGCUCGUAGCGGCUUCCAGCCGUACAGGCCAGAUGAGCGUUUGAUCCACCCAGCUGGGUCGUUCCCGAUGGAUGCAUACGGUGGAUUUGGAUCUAUUCCAGGAAUGCCGCCAGGCAAUCUCUUCAAUCCAGCUGCGUUGGCAUUUCACGAUCCGGCAAUCUAUUUGGAUCCACGCUUCCAGAUGCUGCGAGCAGCAAACCAUCACUCGGCUGCGGCAGCGGCCGCUGCAGCCGCUGCCCAUCCCCUCUACUCGUCGCUUCCGUAUCCGCCCAAUCUGUACGCCGGGAUGAUUCCCGGAAUGGGGAUGCAAGCUCAAAGUAUUCACGAGCACAUGAAACUUGACGAGGAGCGUCGAGCCAGAAUGAGAGAGGAAGAGCGCGCCCGCGAAGCUCGUGAAGCGAUGGAGCGAGAGAAAGAGAUGAGGGAGCAACGGGAGAGAGAACAGCGCGAAAAAGAGCAGAGGGAGAAAGAGGAAAGAGAAAGGCGAGAGAAGGAACAACGCGAAAAGGAGCAGCGCGAACGAGAGCGAGAGAUGCGUGAGAAAGAAGAACGGGAGCGGAGGGAAAGAGAACGCGAGAGGGAGCGAGAGAGAAUGAUGGCCGCUUCACAGCACAUGAUGCACCAUUCGCUGCCGAGGCCGUUCUUCCACUCGAUGGGCCUGGCAACCGGUUUACCUUCGCCAUUGGGACUACCGAUGCGUCCUCAGGGAGGGCCACUCUCGAUGCAAGGACUUCAAUCGCCACACCAUCCGUUACAUCCUUCGUUGAGUCUAGGAAUGGGUCUAGGUCUACCACAAGUGCCACAACCGCCGCCAUCGUCAUCGUUGAAUCUUUCACAUCCAUCCGCAGCCGGGCUUGUUCCCCCACCUACCAGCCUAGGUGCACAUCCGUCAAUUCCGACAAGUCUGGCCGCUUACAGCCACAAUCUGCCGCCCUCGUCGAUGAGUUCCGGCUACCACAUGAACAGUCUGAAUUUGUCCCACUCGGUGAUGGCGGGAGCACAGAAUCUAAGCUUGAGUCACAUCCCACCACCGGCCCAUGCCUCACUCAACCUAUCGGUUUCUCCGGCCAUCUCAUCCGCCUCCCAGCAGAUGAGUUCCGGUGCGCUGUCCCUCUCCACCAAAUCUCAUCCUAGCGUUUCGGUCGCUCCACCGAUCAGCAGCAGUGCCGGACUUCCUCCGCACCAUUCACACUCCCAUCCCUACUAUUCAUCGCCGUCGGUGUCAAUGCAAGCCGUCAAUUCUGGCAGUCCGCUUUCGCUAAGCAGCAAGGCUAACAACAAUUUACUCUCCGCGAGUAAUCGGACAGCGACACCGCCAACCACCACACAGCACGGUAACUCCAUUCCGGCGCCUGCCUCAGUUCCUUCCCAUUCGGCAAUCACCGCUGGAUCACCACUGUCCGUGAAUAGUACAAACAUCGCUAGUAUUAACAACAAUCAUCAUCCCCAUCCGCACCAUCUCCGUCAGGAUUCACCACAGUCGAUGGCGGCGGCCCCAAUUAAACCGGGAACAAUUGGUUCCCCGUCCCCAGCACAACAACAACAACAACAAUCGCUAGAUAGUUCCAAUCUAAUGAAAUCCACAGUAGCCGCUGUUGCUACCGAUCUAGUGGCAGCACCAGUUGGACUGAAACAAAUCCAAGCAGACGAAAGAGCUUCCCCAGCGGUGGUAACCGGUAAAUCAGACCUGGAGAGCAACGGAUCAACACCAGUGGCAGUACCGAUGUCCAGGGAGGACUUGAAGAGCGGCUCUCCCAAUGUGGAGAACAAUAGCAAGGAAGACAAGAACAGUGAUUCGGUUGGUCCACCAGCAGAGCUGGAGGGGGAGGGGAAAUCUCCACUGAAUGGUGGUGGUGGCGCCGGUGGCAGCCCUGUUAUUGCUGCAGCUGGAACACCGCCCGCUGUUCAAAUGGCCGCUUCAGGUAACACCCUUAGUAAUAGUAAUAACAACAACAAUAGUAGUACCGGUAGUAGCAGUGUUGUCACUGCAAGUAACAAUAGUAGCAAGAGCGACUUGAAGGAGGGCGACGAGAAGAAGAGUAUAUCGGCCAGCAAUGGUGCUAAUGGUGCAAAUUCCACACCUGCCGCCGCCGAAUCGAACGGCAAGCAGAGGCAGAAUUCCAACGGUAACGGCAGCCCAACCGCCGCCGCUGCUGCGCCUUUUGGUAAAGAGAAUCGAUGAGGAAAGUGAGGAAGUUGUAUUGAAUAGUAGCUUAGCUCAGCUAGUUAAGAAAUCAUGGACCAAUUGUUGCUUAAUUGGUGUGUGUAUUCUGUUGAAUUUUGUUUGAAUGUAAACUCCGAAUAACAUUUUUGGAAGGAUUCUUGAAAGCAUUGCUGAAAUUAUAGUAUAACGAAUUGUGUUUAAUAGCAAUUAAAUGAAUACAAUUUGGCUAAUCAA